AUGGGUUUGCUUGAGAUUGUUCCAACUGGUGUUAUUACCGGUGAUAACGUUCGUAAAUUGUUUCAAUACGCACAUGAGCACGGUUUCGCCAUCCCUUCGGUGAACGUUAGUUCCUCGUCCACUAUUAAUGCUGCACUGGAAGCAGCUCGGGAUGUUAAGGCACCGCUUAUUAUUCAGCUCUCGCAAGGUGGCUCCCAAUUUUAUGCUGGCAAAGGCUUGAGCAACGAAGGACAACGUGCUUCUAUUGUUGGUGCUAUUUCAGCUGCUAAUCAUAUUCGCCAUGUUGCUAAAGAGUAUGGAAUUCCUGUAGUUUUGCAUUCUGAUCAUUGUGCCAAGAAACUUUUGCCGUGGUUUGAUGGAAUGUUGGAAGCGGAUGAAAAAUACUUUGCACAACACGGUGAACCUUUAUUCAGUUCGCACAUGCUUGAUCUUUCAGAAGAACCAAAAGACGAAAACAUCGCUAUGUGUAAGAAAUACUUGGAACGUAUGAAGAAGGUUAAUCUGUUGCUCGAAAUGGAAAUUGGUAUUACCGGUGGCGAAGAAGACGGUGUUGAUAAUACUGGGGUGGAUAAUGCUUCACUUUAUACACAACCUGAAGAUAUUUGGGAUGUUUAUCGUAACCUGAGUGAGAUUAGUGAUUUAUUCACUAUCGCUGCUGCAUUUGGUAAUGUACAUGGCGUUUAUAAACCAGGAAACGUCAAACUCUCGCCAAUUCUUUUAAAGAAGCAUCAAGCGUACGUCAAAGAGAAGAUUGGGGCAAAAACCGAUAAACCUGUGUGGUUGGUAUUUCACGGUGGUUCCGGAUCAUUGUCCGCGGAAAUUACUGAAGCUGUCAGUUAUGGUGUUGUGAAGAUGAAUGUCGAUACCGAUACGCAAUGGGCUUACUGGGAAGGUAUAAGGAAUUUCUAUGAACCCAAAAAAGGUUAUCUUCAAACGCAGGUCGGAAAUCCUGAUGGUGCAGAUAAACCAAACAAAAAGUAUUAUGAUCCUCGUGUGUUUAUUCGUGAGGCUGAAAAGAGUAUGGCGAAACGUGUGCAACAGGCUUGUCGUGAUUUGGGAAAUGUUGACCGUUUAUAA